GCCACCCGGCCUGCAACUUCUGAAUGGCCGCCUGCGGUUAAACCCCUCUUCCCGGUGAUUCCAGGCUGCACCUUCCCGGGGCCGCCCCUUCUCUGCCGCCCUCUGCGAGCUGUCCUGGCUGAAGAAGGGGGGCGUGGGGGUGCCGGCGCAGGUCCCUGCUCUCCGGGAUCCGAGAUCCGGAUCGGGAUCGGGGAUCGCCUCUGAGGGGCAGCACGCGCGUGUGCAGGCGGAUGUGAGGCGCAUCUCAAUUGGCGGGCGGGGGAAGCGGAUCAGGUUGUUACUACUGCAGAGCGCGCGAGCGAGGGAGCGGGAGGAGAGCUGCAGCGCCGGCCGGCGCGGGAGUGGGAAGAGGGGAUCUGGACUUCGGGGCGGCAGGCUCCCGCUGCCUUCUCCACCAGCCCACACCGAUCGGCUCCCGGAACGUCCCCGGCUGUCCACUCUGCCACCAUGAGAAACAUCUUCAAAAGGAACCAGGAGCCCAUUGUGGCUCCUGCCACCGCCACCGCUGCCACCAUGCCGAUGCCUGUCAGACCUGCUGACAACUCCACAGAGAGCACGGGCCCUGGGGAGAGCCAAGAAGACAUGUUCGCCAAGCUGAAGGAGAAAUUCUUCAAUGAGAUCAACAAGAUCCCCCUGCCACCCUGGGCUCUGAUCGCCAUGGCCGUGGUCGCUGGCCUCUUGCUGCUCACCUGCUGCUUCUGCAUCUGUAAGAAGUGCUGCUGUAAGAAGAAGAAGAACAAGAAGGAGAAGGGCAAAGGCAUGAAGAACGCCAUGAACAUGAAGGACAUGAAGGGGGGCCAGGAUGACGACGAUGCAGAGACAGGCCUGACCGAAGGAGAAGGUGAAGGCGAGGAGGAGAAGGAGCCAGAGAACCUGGGCAAAUUGCAGUUUUCUCUGGACUAUGAUUUCCAAGCCAACCAGCUCACCGUGGGUGUCCUGCAAGCUGCUGAACUCCCUGCCCUGGACAUGGGUGGCACUUCAGACCCGUAUGUCAAAGUCUUCCUCCUCCCAGACAAGAAGAAGAAAUAUGAGACCAAGGUGCACCGGAAGACACUGAACCCCGCCUUCAAUGAGACCUUCACUUUCAAGGUGCCAUACCAGGAGCUAGGAGGCAAGACCCUGGUGAUGGCCAUCUAUGACUUUGAUCGCUUCUCCAAGCAUGACAUCAUUGGAGAGGUGAAGGUGCCCAUGAACACCGUGGACCUUGGCCAGCCCAUCGAGGAGUGGAGGGACCUGCAGGGCGGGGAGAAGGAAGAGCCAGAGAAGCUGGGUGACAUCUGUACCUCCUUGCGCUACGUGCCCACUGCUGGGAAGCUCACCGUCUGUAUCCUGGAGGCCAAGAACCUCAAGAAGAUGGAUGUGGGGGGCCUUUCAGACCCCUACGUGAAGAUCCACCUGAUGCAGAACGGCAAGAGGCUCAAGAAGAAGAAGACGACCGUGAAGAAGAAGACCCUGAACCCCUACUUCAACGAGUCCUUCAGCUUCGAGAUCCCCUUUGAGCAGAUUCAGAAAGUCCAGGUGGUUGUCACUGUGCUAGACUAUGACAAGCUGGGCAAGAAUGAAGCCAUCGGCAAGAUCUUCGUGGGCAGCAACGCCACAGGCACCGAGCUGCGACACUGGUCUGACAUGCUGGCUAACCCUCGGAGGCCCAUCGCCCAGUGGCACUCUCUAAAGCCGGAGGAGGAGGUGGAUGCACUCCUAGGCAAGAACAAGUAGGCCACAGCGGCUGGGGCCACGUGCCCCCGAGGACACUGACAAGAUCCAGAGCUAUCAAUACCUCAGUUACGCGAC